AUGUUUCCUUCACAAUUACAAGAUGAUCUGAUCUUUGAGGACCCUUCAAUUUUCCAAGAAGAUCUAGUAAACCUAGAAGAAUAUCUGCUUACAAAAGAUCAAGAUUUUUCAGUGCUGGCCGAUAACUGUAGUCGUGCUAAUCCUAAAUAUGCAAAAAAGAGGCAAAGAAAAACGUCUUCAGAUAAUCAAGAAAACAAGGAAGGGGUUAGUGCUGAAAACAAGGGCAAGAAAAUUCUGCAUAGAGAAUUUGAGAGGCAAAGAAGGAAACAAAUGGCAAAGCUUUAUGCUUCGCUUCGAUCACAUCUCCCUCUUGAAUAUAUCAAGGUGAACUAA